UCGCUUCGAAAAGUUCGUACGACGCAGCUCUCGCCUGUCUCUCUUCUGCUGACAAGAAGGAAAAGGAUCCUGAAUUUGGACGAUCGACCAAUCAUUUUUCGGAAUAACGGACGGAAAACGUAACUGAAGGAAUUAAAAAAGAAGAAAAAAAAAAAAAAGAAAAAGAAAGGAACGAAAGAGAAACAAUUCGGCGUCUUUUACACGUGACACAACAUUCGUCGGUAGCUUUUAAGUGUCCCCCUUCUGAUUGAUUCGCCGUGACAGUAGAUAAGAACCACUUAUUACAUAUAGCUCUUUGUAUCGAGGCUAAGCAACUCUUAUUGUAAUCACACUACAAACACUACAAAAAGAAGAAGAAGAAGAAGAAAAAACCACUUUGCGAAAAUCGAAGGACGUGCCUUGCUGGUAAAUGAUCGAUCCCAACCACCACCACCACCACCACCACUGCACCAUUGGCAUAAUACUAGCCUAGACAGAUCUUUCAUAUAUAUAUAUACUCGUCGCUUGAGAGCGCAUGUUUUGAAAGUAUUCGAGCCGCACAAGCUUGCCGUGUAAUUAAUCAAACAAUCUUAUCGUCGACCAUCUAUUUAUUUACAGCGGAGGGAGAAAAAAAAAAAAGAAAGAAGAGCGUGACGAUUCGUCGAAUUCCAAGCUAACAACAAACAGAAAGGAAACGAUCCGUGGAAAAGAUAAAAUUUCCGUGGAAGCAAGGAUCGAUACAAUAUCCAUAACGAUCGUCGUGGUCGAGGGGCGAGAGGAGGACAAAGUUUUUCACAAGUUUGAGGGGAGAGGGGUCGUCGAAACGGCCCCGUACAACAGAGCAAUCAUUGAUUCCGACGAGUCGACGGUGAUCAUGGGCGCCCAGGAAGAGGACACCAAGUCGAGCACCAUAGGCGGGGUGCUGCCUGUGGUGGAGGUGGUGACAUUGGUGGAGAAGGCUAAAUUCUACACCUCCCUCUGCCUGGGCAUCACGGCCAUACUCGCCGUCUUCGCCUUCCUCUUUCUGAUCCCGUUCAUCGUGGAACCGGCGGUGACCACGAUCCUGGCCGACUUUUCCCCGCACGCUGUCGCCUGCGUCGUCACCGAUCACGUUUACGCCGAGGGAUUGAAGAAUUGCUCGUGGGCAAGCUGUAGAGAAGGUUGUACGAGCGCAGCGCUUCGUUGCCAUCAGAUCAGGGUGAACUACACGAGGCUGUCGUUCGAGGAAUUCGUUGCGAAACCGUUGGGCUCCAUACAGUGGGACGUUUCGGACACGAAGUUUUUCGUGAACACGGAGGGCUGCGGUUACCCGCCCAGGGUGAACUGUUCCGACUUCGCCAAAAACUACGGAUACUCGAACAUGGGGAAAAUAUUCCCUUGUUAUUACAGCAGAACACAUCCGGAGACUGUCGUCGCAAGAUACUCUUGGGAUGAAAAUCUGAGGCAUCUAGUGUUAGCCUUGGUAGUGCCUACAGUUGUUUUCGGAGUGUCCCUCGGUGUAUUAUGCUAUUGGUAUUGUCCACCGAUGGGCAAGACUUGCGGAGGACCAGGUCGCAACUUGAUUGACAAGUACGCAAGGAAGGAAGAGUAAGUAACGUUAUUCUGGGAGAGGACGAGUUCGAGGAGGAUGAGGAGGAAUACUGACUGCUGCCAAGGGCUCACCCCCCAGCGAGGGAGUGACGCCGAAGGAAUUACUGAAAAAAUAAUCCCCCGUUAUUUACGUUUCUAAAAUUAAUCGUUCGAAAGCAAUAGCAGCGUUUAGGGAAACUUCCAGCAACGAAGAUAAAUGCAUUUACGUUUCCGAUUUCUAACUAUUUAUUGAUUCAUCUUAAUCCACUGCGAUACAUUGCACUUUGAGCUUUAAUUGCAUUCGUUGAAAGGAGAAUUGGUAAAUAAUUUUGCUCCUUUUUGGAUAUGGACCAUUUUUUCACUAUUAUACUGGUCCGUAAUAAAUGAAUUAUUAAGUUGCUGCACAUGAUAU